UCGAACCCACUUCCAUCUCCAACACUUCCGACACCGACAGUCGGCCACCCGACCACCCAUCCAUCUGACCAUCCAUCCGAUCCCGAUAGUCAUUCGGAUGAGGAUGCAGGCUGUGUCCCCAAUGACUGCGUUGAUGAGUGCAAAGCGUGGAAUCUUGCCACUUUCAUUCUGCUCAGGGGGAAGACUUUCUGCCCUUGUAUUCCUCGGAAAUGUGACAAAGACGGGGAUUCGGACACGCCGAGUGACAGCGACAAUGACGAUGACAAUGACCAUGAUACCGAUAAGACUGGGGAAUCGAACGACGAUGGUGUGGAUAACAGUGACAGUUCCGAUCGGCCCCAAAAUGGUGGGAGGGGCAAGUGCAAGAUCUUCGGUUGCGGUAAGUCUCCGCCUGCAAACCAUCCUUGAUAUCAUACUAACAAAGUUUGCAGGUUGCGGAUGGAUGGGCCUUCCUUGGGGACCUGGUUGUCCUCCUGGCACUAUUCCGCCUCCUCUGGGAGAGCUUGGGUUCGAAUGUGGUAUGUUUGGUUGCCCAGAUCCUGAUACUGGUUGCAUCGGACUCUUCGGCUGCCCGACUAUCAAUGGACCACCAGUCUGUGGUAUCUUGGGUUGCGGGGGGCACUGUAUCACAAGUGGCGGCUGCACACCGUGCCCUCCAGAGAUUUGCAAACUACCCGGAUGCAAGCUUCCCGACGGCUGUGGACCCAAGCCAGGGCCUCCGCCAGCUCAACCAAGCGACCGGCCCUCGAAGUGUGACGACAAACAAAAGAUCACUGUCACUGAACGCUUUGUCUGGUGUACGGAAAACAUUGUCGUGUCUUCCGUAAUCUCAGAGUUGCAGAUUUCAUCGACUACGGUCUCAUCAGUCUGCGCGCCACUGAUUCAAGCUACAGUCACUGGCUGUGCCGUGGUAGGAUGGGAUUCGACAACAACUGCAACGCGAACAAGCACAGCGAGCGAGACUCCCGGGCCAAUGUGCACAAGGGCACCUCUUUCUUUGGACGACGAUGAGGGCAGUAACGAACAACCAGAUCGAUGGGUUUCUUCGAACUCUUUCACGUUCAGCUCGAUGAACUCCAGCACUUCAACCCCUUCUAGCCCGACAAAGACAACUUCGUCGUCAGCAUCCACGACAUCAGUGUCUUGCGCCAACUGCGAAAUGUGGAUGGGAGAUUGUACCAAGAAGUACUGCAAGCAAGACGGAUCUGACGUGAACAAGUGUGUGAACUGGUGUCUCACGGCGCUAUGCCAUGCCGAAGACUCGCCCAGCAACUGCCGCAGCGGCCAAACGUGUGCGUGGAAGGCUUGUCCUGUUGGCAACUUUCCCAACCUCCAAGAUGGAACUCCCGCAGAACCUUUCACUUGGACUGUUCACCUGCCGUCAACAAUCGCGACCGUUACUAACUUCCCAAGUUCGUCUGAGCCGUCAUCGGUCCCCGCCAAGCCAACACGGACGUCAGCUCCCAUCAAGCCCGACUCGACAUGGAAGGUAAAGCUACGACACACCAUGGAGCGAGACGACUCAUCCAUCUCAUGGACACUCUACGAUGGGAACGGUUUUGAGGCUGGCAAAGGCAUGAAAGCAGGGCAUAAGUCGAAGGAACUUUCGGACGUCAUUGCUUCACAAUACCGCCCAGCUGAAGAUUCAAUGAGCUACGUUGUCGAUCUCAAAGUGAUCGAGUCUCUGCGCCUCGAACUCACGCAGACUGAGCUCAUUAUCCAGAAAAACAUCUGCUAUCUUGGAGAUAACAUAGUCGGCGGAGAAAAAUACCAGUGCAAACCCAGCAUGCGAACCGAAACGUUCAAAGAAGACAAGACAUUUUCUGUAUCGGUCUGUGAAUCGUGCAAGGAGCUGCUUGGUCGUGAUCCUCCGCUCGCAAAGGAUGAUUUAUGGUGUGACGAUCUGAACAAGUCCUCUUGGAAGAAGAAGAACGCCGGCUGGGAGCGUGAGUGGGAGUGUGGAUGGAAAGGCUGGGAGGAUGCUGCUUAGCCGCCCGCGAUGAUUUGAACACGGCACAGUGGACCAAGAUCAACGCCGGCUGGGAGCGGAAGUACACGUGCGGAUGGAAGCACUGGUAGAUCUUGUUUUCGGUGUUUGGAAGUGUGUAGUCCAAUGGCGUUCGGUAUAGAUGGAGGUCCAGACCAAGAUCCAUUCCAGUAGCAAAAUCUCAAAUGUCCUCAAUGAUAUC